AUUUCUGUUUUUACUUCUUGCUGCUUGGGAUAUGGACUACGUCAUGGCUGCACCAAAAAAACAAAUUGCCAAAUGUUAUCCUUUAACAAAUGGAUUCGUGAAUUGGCUUACGCCUACCUAUGGUUACGGAUACGAUCCAUUAUUGUACGGUUACGGAUACGCCUACCCCUACUAUCCUUAUACUGGAUUAUUGUACAUGAAGAAAUAAGCAGGUUUUUAAUAGACAACUCAAGCUGAACCUGUCAUUUCCAGACCUUAAUGAUGAUUAAAUGAAGCAUCUUUGCAAAUAAUAGCGUGCAAAAUA